AUGGAGACCCACGUGCAGCGACUUCUCCCCUGCCACCCAUUGGUAUGCGACAGCCCCAACAGCAAGCAGGCGCCUUUCUUGUGCGGCGUGCGACUUGUCGUCUUGACACGGAUGCACGUUCUCCUGCUCGAGAGUAUCGUAGUGUUUCACCCACAGCUUUUCUCGCCUGCGUGCCCGCAGCAGCUAAGCUGGAUGCAGACGCACAUAAGAGCGUACGAAGAAGGGCUCUACCUUGCGAUACCACCGACAGAAUGCCUUUACAGCGAAGGCAUUGCACGCUCGAUAGGGUUGCCGCCAAGAGCGGAGAACAGGCUUCACGGCCUACUCGUCGUGUUCCUCCUGCGAGAGCUUGAUGCCGCCGUAUCUGAGCUGAUGACGUGGUCGAAAGGCCCUUAUAUUCCUGCACCAUGA